AUGACAAAGCUCAUCCUUAUUCUCCUCGCACAAAUCCUCCUCCUCGCAGCCCUUGCUUUCGCUGGAGACGGUGGAGACUUCGCAAGAACCAUGAACCCAAAACACCUCCGCCUCAACAAAGAGAAGAAUCUCACCCAUAUCCGAGUCUUUUGGCACGACAUCGUAAGCGGAGGAAACCCUAGCGCCGUCAGGAUCCAGCCGUCGGUUCCAAAAUCCUCAACCUCCUUCGGAUCAAUCACAUUGAUGGACAACGCACUAACAUCUGAUGUGCCGAUUAACUCUACUGUGGUGGGCCAGGCCCAAGGUUUCUACGCCGGGGAUGACCAAAGUGAGGUAGGUUUCUUGAUGGCAAUGAAUUUCGCUUUCAAGACAGGAGAGUACAAUGGGAGUACUAUCACAAUUCUUGGUCGGAACACAAUCUAUUCCAAGGUUAGGGAAAUGCCAAUCGUCGGAGGAAGUGGAAUCUUCCGGUUCGCUAGAGGUUAUGUCGAGGCUAGGACUAGCUGGUUCGAUCAUAAGUCAGGAGACGCCACUGUUGAGUAUAACUGUUAUGUCUUGCAUUAA